UCGUUCACUCACUCGCUCUCUCACUUACUCUCGCAGUCUGUGGGCUUUGUGCACGCGGGUAGACGUGUGUGCAGACAGAGCGGCCAGGUUUGCUACGGUCUGCAGUCCUGUAGAACUGUCGGUUUUUGGCUAGAGAAAAGAAAGGAGAACUCGUGAGGGCUAGAGGGGGAGGAAUCUUGAGGAGAGACACAGGAAGAUUACACACGUACGUACACAUACUGCACACACGUCUGUGGAAGGAGAAUGGAGGACGGUACAGCAAGCGUGGCUCCGAACUGCAACUCAACAGCCGCGCUCAAUAACCAUUGUGCUGGUAAGAAAGCAGGAUCAUCUCUGGAUGACAGUAUCUCGGCAGCGAGUGUGUCGGAUAUGCAGGACAGGCUUUCGUCCCUGGAACUGAGGGUACAGCAGCAGGAGGAUGAACUCACCGUGAUGAAGGCCGCGCUGGCCGACGUGCUUCGGCGACUAGCACAGUCUGAGGAGUCUAAAAAGCAGCAGAAUGCCAAAGGUCAGACACCGCUGCGUGAGGCUUACUCCAUGUCCUGUAUUGCUAAUGGAAGCUCGAGUGGCCGCAGGUCUCACAGAGACAGCUCGGCGGUGUCCGUUGCCAGAAAAGAAACGCUGUCCUCUGCAGCAAAGAGCGGUACAGAGAAGAAAAAAGACAAGCCUCUUCUGGAGGAGAUUAAGGAGAAGGAGGAGCCAUCACAGGCUAAUGAUAAACCCCCUUCAACACCGAGCACCCCACAGGCACCAUCCCCUUCCAGCAACCCCCCUUCCCCUCAUCCCCUCCAGCCCCAGAGAGCAACACCUGACAACAAGGGGCCCUCCCCAGCCAAAAGGGGACACAGUGCAAAGCGUGGUGGAGGAAUGGAGCGCUCCCAAAGCACCACAUGGGAAAGUGGAGAUGAGAACAGAAAUAAGCUGGUGAAAGCUGCUUCCACCUCCAAACUUUUAUCCAAAGUUGUGAAGAAUUCAGAGAAACACAGAGAUCCAGUCAUCAGCCAAGCCAAAAUGUCAACACGUGAAAAAAACAGUCAAGAGGGCGACUAUAUCAAAAUGUUCAUGCGAGGGCGACCCAUCACCAUGUUUAUCCCGUCUGAUGUAGAGAACUAUGAUGAUGUCCGGUGUGAGCUUCCACCAGAAAAGCUGAAACUGGAGUGGGUAUAUGGCUAUAGAGGACGAGACUGCAGGGCAAAUGUGUAUUUGCUUCCUACAGGGGAGAUUGUUUAUUUCAUCGCCUCAGUGGUUGUACUCUUCAACUAUGAGGAGAGGACGCAGCGGCACUACAUAGGACAUACGGACUGUGUGAAAUGUCUUGCUAUUCACCCAGAUAAGAUUCGCAUUGCCACGGGACAGAUCGCAGGAGUGGACAAGGAUGGCAGGCCGCUGCAGCCCCAUGUACGAGUGUGGGACUCCAUUUCUCUGCAGACUCUGCAGAUCAUUGGCUUAGGCACGUUUGAGAGAGGAGUGGGAUCUCUAGCGUUCUCUAAAGCAGACUCAGGAACUCACCUCAGUGUGAUUGAUGACUCUAAUGAACACAUGCUGACUGUAUGGGAUGUGCAGAAGAAGUCAAAAGUUGCUGAGAUUAAGACAACCAAUGAGGUGGUAUUGGCGGUUGAGUUUCACCCAACAGACCCCAACACCAUUGUCACCUGUGGAAAGUCGCACAUCUUUUUCUGGACAUGGAGUGGCAACUCCCUGGCUCGCAAGCAGGGCAUCUUUGGGAAAUACGAAAAGCCCAAAUUUGUGCAGUGUCUGGCCUUCCUUAAUAAUGGAGACAUCCUGACCGGAGAUUCGGGAGGCGUCCUGCUGAUCUGGACCCGCAGCACAGCGGAUCCACCUCCUGGGAAAGGACCCAAAGGAGCGUUUCAGAUCACUCGUCAGAUCAAGGCUCAUGAUGGCAGCGUGUUCACAUUGUGUCAGCUCAGGAAUGGCACCUUGCUGACCGGUGGAGGAAAAGACCACAAGAUCAUCCUAUGGGACCACAACCUCAAUCCAGAGAGAGAAAUAGAGGUUCCAGAUCAGUAUGGAACCAUUCGAGCUGUGGCUGAGGGGAAGGGUGAGCAGUUUCUGAUAGGUACUUCACGCAACUUUGUCCUGAGGGGCACUUUUAAUGACGGCUUUCAAGUGGAGGUGCAGGGACACACGGAUGAGCUGUGGGGUUUGGCAACACAUCCAUUUAAAGACCUGUUCCUCACCUGUGCCCAGGACAGGCAGGUAUGUCUGUGGAACUCAGCGGACCACUCGCUGGAAUGGACCAGACUGCUGGAUGAGCAUGGUCACUGUGCAGACUUCCACCCGAGCGGUGCUGUAGUGGCCAUUGGCACUCAUUCAGGGAAGUGGUAUGUUUUGGAUGCUGAGACUAGGGACCUGGUGGCCAUUCAUACAGACGGCAAUGAGCAGCUGUCUCUGAUGCGCUACACUGUUGAUGGCACACUGCUGGCAGUGGGAUCACAUGAUAACUUUAUUUACCUCUACACAGUGUCGGACAAAGGACGCAAAUACAGCAGAUAUGGGAAAUGCUCUGGACAUUCCAGCUACAUUACACAUCUUGACUGGUCCCCGGACAACAAGUUCAUUAUGUCCAACUCAGGAGACUAUGAAAUCCUUUACUGGGACAUUCCAAACGGCUGUAAGCUGAUUCGUAACCGCUCUGAGUGUAAGGACAUUGACUGGGCCACGUACACGUGUGUGCUGGGGUUCCAUGUCUUCGGAGUGUGGCCUGAGGGUUCAGAUGGCACUGACAUCAACGCUUUAAUCAGAUCUCACAACAGGAGGGUGAUUGCUCUGGCUGAUGACUUCUGCAAGGUUCACCUGUUCCAGUACCCCUGCUCCAAACCUAAGGCCCCGAGUCAUAAGUAUGGCGCCCACAGCAGUCACGUGACCAACGUUAGCUUCACGCACAGCGACAGUCACCUGGUGUCGACAGGUGGCAAGGACACCAGCAUCAUGCAGUGGCGCCUGAUGGGAAGCACUUCAACGUCGCGCACUCUGGCCCCAGUGCCCACUGUCCCAGCCGUACCCACCUCCUUGUCUAUCGACGGCAUGGGACCUGAUGCUAACACGCCUCCUCCCACGCCAACCGAGCUUCAGGAGCCCACCCCUAACGGACAGCAGGAAAACCCUGAAAGUCCACCCACCCCAGAGGAGCCCUCGGCUCCUUCCGACAGCACCGUGAGCAACAAGGACAGUCUGGAGCCUAGCGAUGACACGGCGACACCCAGCGAUGAAGGCAUGCCGUUCAACCCUCCCUCUUAAACCGGUGGUCGAGGUGGUUUGUCCUCGUCUCCAUCGUCAUAGCACAUGCACGGGGGCUCCAUAAAGUUUAAAUCUUUUCAGGUUCUUUCUAUGUUUUUUUUUCAUUAUGUGUUUGUACGUCGUGAGAGAGAACAGAUGCAAAAGUGAAUGAAGUAUCGUUAGCGUUGCCUGUGGAGUGUGUAUAUGAAAGUUUUUGGUAAUAGGGAAACGGACACUAGAACGUCUGGAUACACUGCACACAAACACUACGGCAACCGGGAUUCUGCAGACACCAAACGCAGGGGGCACAUACCAAGAAAACAGAAUCAUAACGAGGAUUUAAUUGACUGUUAAACCUUUUUUUUAAUGUAGAAUGAAAAUGAAUACGCCAGAAUAAUUAAAAAAACAAAACAAACUUUGUUGAAAUCAGUAAAACUGAAUGUCUCUUAUGAUUAAUAAUCACAUUAUUCACUCUUUUGUGAAUCACCGCUUUUUAAAACCUCUGUAUUUUUACCUGAGCCAUGAAGAUAGCUUAGAAAUGCCAGGCAGGAAACUCUGGCAAAUUGAACGGACACAAUUCAAUCACCAAUCACGUUGGAAUUGUUAUAAACAUGGCAAUGGGUUGAUUAUUGCCAUUUCGUUAAUUCAAGAAAAGUUAGGCAUGUUCUCAGCACAGUUACUUACACACACACACACACACACACACACACACACACACACACACACAGCAAUUCUUAGCUUCAUGCAUGUGGGUCACUACACACAGGUGUGUACUUUGACCUGCCUCCAGUUUUUUCACGGGCUGUACAUUGUUCUCAGGCAUCUUUCUCCACACUGCUACGUUUGUGAAGCUCAGCAGACCGUCCUGAAUGUCUUCAGCAUGAGGCGGCACUCAAACAACAGUUCCGGUUUUUCUCCAAUGGACUCAAACCUAACCUGUCCUGCACUGCUUUAGGUGCAUUUGCAGACUGUUCUCUAUUCAUUGGACUGUUUUUUUUAUUAUGAGAGACAACGAUUAAACAAGUCUUAAAUGUG